AUGGAUUCGUCAACUUCGGUCGAGCGCCCUCGGAAACGUCGUGCAAUCAACGCGUGCAUCUCUUGUCGGUCAUCCAAAGUACGAUGUGAUGGCAAGCGGCCCUGCGAGCGGUGCGACAAAAAUGAUACAAUUUGCCAAUAUCACGAUGUAACCGGCAAAGACCCAAAUGCUCUUCGUAUCGAGAAGCUGGAAGCAGAGGUAGCACGACUGCGAAUGCAGCUGGACAACACUGACCCCCAAGUACCGACAAAUCCACAAUUGGAGAGUAGACAACCAAAUGCUGGGUGCGACUUCCACUACCUGGUUCCCAUUUUCUCGGAAAGCAGCGACGUAAUCACCUCAGUCGCUUCGCGCAGUGCGUUCUUGUUCGAUGCAAUUGUUAGUGUGGGCUGCCGCGCAGAGCAAGGCUUGAACUCCCCUGUAUUUCGCCAGCUGCAGUCCGGCCUAUGUGAGCAUCUGACCUAUUUGCUCAUUACUUGCGAGCAGCCAUGUCUGGAGGCAAUACAGGCUAUCACCCUGAUGGCAGCAUACAGUGAGAAUGGCUACAUGUUAAUCGCGCUUGCCCUGCGGUUUGCCAUCCAAUUGGGUCUACACAAAGCUACCGAUCAGCUACUGACUCUUCAUCACAAUCGAGACCAACUGAGGACUGCGGAACGAGAGCUUUAUCGCCUUCAGCGUGUCUGGCACGGCAUUUGCAAUCUUGAACUUUUUUUCUCGCUCGAUGGUGGUCACGUCCCAAGCGUAUCGCCACGAACAACACCGCGCAAGAUUCGAGCCCUGCUCAACCAUGCAGAGUGUACGGCGGUCGACAUUCGACUCCUCUCUCAAGUAGAGCUCAACCUAAUUCGCACAGAUGCGUAUAGCGACAUCCUCAGGCAUAGCGGUUCAUCGCUCCUAGAAGACGAAGGCCUCAUUCGAGCCAAAGCAAACGACACAAUCACUGAGCUCUCACUCUGGCUCAACGAGUGGACCGAUGUUGUGUCUAGGGAGCCAGCCCCCCACCAGCGCGAACUCGCGCUUGUGAACCUCCAUAUCCAAUACGAUUGGGCUCUGAUUACACUCCAUCUGAAAGCUGUCUCCGCCUCAGGCAUAGAAAACAUCGCGAUUAUGACCGACUUCCAGAAAGAGAUGAUCCAGAGAGCCAAAGAAGCUUCAAUAAGACACUUCCGUCAUCUGUUAGAAGCUUCCACUUCACCCACGUCACCGUCUGAAUCAGCACCCGCCUAUCUUAACACCUUUAAAUGGACGAUAGACUAUGUCUGGGCGAAGGGAGCUUUCUCGGUACUGCUCGUACUUCGACUUUCGAUUCUACUCCGCGAUCCGGUCCCUCACAUUCUCGCGUUGCUCCGCGACGCGCACCGGGUGCUCGAGGAACUCAAAAAAGUUACGAUUGGCUACAUCCCAUAUUUUCAGAUACUGCAAACCAGCAUCGAGAAGUGCGAAGCUGCAUUAGUAGACUACUCUGCGCAACAAGAUAUCUCAGACCUAGCCUUGGCCGUCAGCGGUCCCGCUGAAAGCGACUUCCAAGGCUAUGCACCGAAUCAGUUCACCUUCGAGUGGGACUUCCCUGGCUUAAAUCUCAAGCACAUGCCACUCGGGUGGCAAGAUAUGUUCGUCGACAUCGACAACCUCUUCUGAG